UUCCCUUCACAACAUUUGUCAUUGGUUUAUUAAGACCAAAAGAUCGAAGUCGGUUCAUGCUUAAGAAUUUUCUUUCAGUUUCAAAAGCUAAAGACGGUGGAGACAACAAAAAUCUGCGAUAUUGCGUGACAAAUGAAGUAAAUGGCGAAAUAUCAGCAGAAGUAUAUCCGAGAAAUAUAGAGACUUCUGCAUCAAUCGUCAGGAGACGGCAUUUGGCAACCCAAUUUCCACAAUCCUCCCGAACGGGCCCCUUUUCAUUCGCAAGUACCUUGUCCAACAAAAAAGCAGUAAAACGCACCUCCCCAUUUCUAUUUCAACUCACACGUUCAAGUUCUCUGGCCGAUAAAUCCACAUCUCCAAACCCUUCUAACGCCAAAAAACGAGUAAGCAUCAAUGAAAUUCAGUGCAGCUUAGCUAUUAAGCUUCAUUUUUUGUUGGACAUGUCUUGCGGACAUGACCUCUCAUGGCCGAGUCUCUUAUAUGCCCAUAUGAACAUCCAGUACCCAUCGGAACCCCGAAGAUCCACUUCAAUGUCUACUCAUGUUGAGAGGAACAGAAGAACUGAUAUCGAGCUAUGUUCCAGCAAAAACAAAAGUCUCUUCAAGGCCUUGCUUAGCAUGCGGAAGUCAAGAAAGGACAGCAAGUUGUACAAGUUCCUGGACGAGAAAUAAGAAGGGAUAAAGGAAACCGGAUAGA